AUGAUUCUAGCAGAGAGCACGGACAAUCCUCAUGGGGUGUAUUUCUGGACACCCGGAACUAAAGGUGCCAUAAAUAGCCUGGUCCCUGCUGCCACCGGACACUUACUUCUAGUUUUGAAUCGAAAAGUCUACAAACGACAAGAUGAAGAGUUUAUUGACGAUAACAUUUUUCAUCGCUCUGGUGCUGUGUUCCUCUGUGUCAGCCGAAUUGACAGGGGUUCCAGACUUUGGCCUGAUUGGGAGAGUUUGUCCCUGUGUUGUUCGAUGUUGCGAAAUCGCAGAGGCAAACGAAGGGAAGAAACAGAUGCGUUUGAAGAGAGACCUUCCUCAUAUACGGCACAAGAGAUGCUGUGGUUGUACUGAUUGCUCACUCGCUCUCUCUUAACUCCAAUGGGACGACAUACCUGUUGAGAUGCUGAAAAGAGAAAAAGAGUCUCACUCACAGAAACUAAUGACCUAAGCUACUUAGAUCGAAUACACUUGUGUAUUAGAUAGUAAACCGGUAGAGUCUAUGACCGGUGCACGGCAACUUAUUUUGUGUUCAGAUUGAUGACACAAACGGAAAAUACAAGGGCUCAUAUGUCGUGCACGUUUUGUACCAAACUUCUCGGUCCUUGUGGUUUCCUGCAAUUUGUUCCGAAGCACUGUCAACAUUCCGGACGCCACGGUAUCAUACAUAUGAUAUAUACAAAACAACGCAAGAUCGAGAACGGUCCCGAGAAUGGUCCCGUUCACAUGACAAGUCUAUUUUCUAAAAAUCUAUUUUCUAUUCGCGGUAUCUUGUAAUCACGGUCCCUGUGCCCUGAA